AUGGCGGUCGAACUUCAGCCUUCCGAGCUCGGUUUCAAGAGACCAUUUGAUCGCGAAGUGACCGAAACGCUCAAGCUGACAAACCAUGGUGAUUCGACUGUCGCAUUCAAGGUCAAGACUACUGCUCCCAAACAGUACUGUGUACGACCAAACUCCGGUUUGAUUCAGCCGAAUAGCAAUGUCGAAGUCCAAGUCCUCCUCCAAGCGAUGAAGGACGAGCCUCCUCUCGACUACAAAUGCCGCGACAAGUUCCUUGUCCAGUCCGUCGAUAUUGAGGGCUCCCAUACCUCGGAUGAGUCCGUUACAGCCCUGUGGUCGAAUAUCGAGAAGACAGCAAAGAGCAAAAUCCAAGAGAAGAAGAUCCGCGUGAACUUCCUUGCGCCUGGCGCCACCACCAACGGUAUCAGCGAGUCAGACGAGAAGCCGCCCUCUUACUCCGCGCAGUCGCCCUCACCACAAUUCGGCUCGCCAGCUCCCACCGAGAAGUCAACCAUGGGUGAGAGCACUCGAUCUGCCGCCGAAGCUACCGGUCUCGCUGGCGCCGCUGCUGCUAUCUCCAAUGCUUUACCUAGCAGCACCGAGGAUGUGAAAGCUCAGCUUGCUGCUGCGCAGAGAGAGAUUGCAAGACUCACACAAGAACUCAAGGACCCGGCUGUGAGACAGCGCAAGGUUCAGGAGGCUCAACAGAAAGUCCAGACCGUCGUUCAGCAGUCACAGGAUAGCGGAGUGCCUCUACAAAUUGUUGCUGGUCUGUGCUUGUUCAGCUUCCUGGUGGCAUAUCUGUUCUUCUAG